UCACUUCGAGGUGUUAUAAGUCAUUGUGUGGUCUGUGAUGUACUGGCACCAUCAGCCCUCUUCCCGUGGGAUAUCAGACAACUGAGGCCGUCAAAUUUAAAAAUGUGGAGCUGCUCCGUAGGGAAAGACGAUGAAGGAAACUCACAAAAUAUACAGACAGAAACUUGAGGAGCUCACCAACCUUCAGGCCACAUGCAGCAGUGCCAUCAGUAAACAGAGAAAAUGUCUAAAGGACCUACGGUACAGCUUGGCCAAGUGUGCAAAAACAUGUGAUGAGAAAGAAUUGGAACUUAUAGCGGACAUCAAAACACAGAUCAAAGAGAAAGAAAAUGUGUUUUUUGAUAUGGAAGCAUAUUUGCCAAAGAAAAAUGGACUCUACCUGAAUUUGGUCCUGGGCAAUGUGAAUGUAACGCUUCUCAGCAACCAGGCAAAAUUCGCCUACAAAGACGAGUACGAGAAGUUCAAGCUUUAUAUGACAAUAAUCCUGAUGUUUGGAGCAAUAACCUGCCUCUUCUUUCUCAACUGUCGAGUCACUGAUGAAAUCUUCAACUUUUUGCUGGUGUGGUACUACUGCACAUUGACCAUAAGAGAAAGUAUCCUCAUGAGCAAUGGCUCCAGGAUCAAAGGUUGGUGGGUGUCUCAUCAUUAUGUAUCCACCUUUCUGUCUGGUGUGAUGCUUACCUGGCCAGAGGGGCCCAUGUAUCAGAUGUUCAGAAGCCAGUUCCUCGCCUUCUCUAUAUAUCAAAGCUUCGUUCAGUUCCUUCAAUAUUACUACCAGAGCGGCUGCUUGUACAGGCUGCGAGCUUUGGGAGAGAGAAAUCAGCUGGACCUCACAGUGGAGGGAUUUCAGUCCUGGAUGUGGAGAGGCCUCACUUUUCUUUUGCCAUUCCUCUUUUUUGGCCAUUUUUGGCAGCUGUACAACUCGGUGACCCUGUUUCGUUUGGCAGGACACGAGGACUGUAAGGAGUGGCAGGUAUUUAUGCUGGCACUGACAUUUCUCGUCCUGUUCUUGGGAAAUUUCCUCACCACUUUGAAAGUCGUCCACCAAAAGGUUCAGAAAAACCAGGAAAAGGUGCAAAAGAAUGACUGAUGCAAAAACUCAGCGAGACACCUCAGAUUCUUACAAACGGCCAGUAGUUUUGAAGCAACGCGCACAAUCGCUUGAUAGACUGACCACAGUCUCUUCAGGCCGAGAAAAGACGAAGCUGAAACCGUGAAACCGCCGUUUCUCUCAGGCUUUGAUGACAACAGCAGCGUCCAUCCAAAGUAUCUGGCCAACAGGCUUCUGCUUUCUAAUGGCUCAUCAUCGAUGUUGCUGCACAGACGGUCGCGACACAUCAAGUGGCGUUCGCCUGAUAGACGAACAGUUUGACGCUUUAUCCUGUAUAUAUAAAAAAAAAAAAAAGAAGUGAGUGGAAAGAAUGCGUUUUUAUGUGGAUGUUUGUGUUAGUGCAUGAAUCUGUCAGAGAGCCUUUGUUCAAAUCAUAUGCAACUAAAAGAGGGCAGGUAGCAUCGAUGAACAGAAUCUAGUUUGCCUUUGAAGACCUAACGUCUGUCACGUACGUGCUUCAUACUUCUGUGAAGUAGUAAUUGUCAAACUGUCUCUGUGGCUUGAACAGAAUUGUUCGACAUGGCACUGCACUUCAUUUCUCCAGUUGUCUAAUUUUUUUUACAUGUGGGUCUCAACUUCCUGUUGUGUUAUUUCACUGCUUAUCAGUAUUUUUUUUUUGUUUUUGUUUUUAACUAGAUUUAGUUCUUCUAUUCCAAAAGACAUAAACCUGACACUUGACUGCCCAGAUUUAACUUCACUUUUCAGAAAAACAAAAAAUAAUCUCCAUUGGAUGUAUUUUGUCUGUCUGGAGUUAUUGGCAGCUCUGUUUCUGUUCUUUUUAUCCAGUUCC